AUGUUCAGCCACCUCUGGCUCACCCCGCGGGACAAGCAGGGGCGGGAGGACAAGGCCCGCCCACCCCACCGCCUGGCAUUGGCGGUGGCGGCGGCAGGCGGCGGCGACAGCCCCCGGGCCGCCUCGCGCCUCACGCCCGCCGCACAGACCGCGUCGCUUAGCAGCGGCAGUGGCUGCCGCAGCCCCAGGAGCCCGCAGGGGUGUCAGAGCAGCAGGGUGGCGGCGCUGCCAGCCUACCGCGCCCGUAGCAGCGCUCCCGGCGGCGUGCAGCAGCUGCCGCAGGUGCAGGCGGCGGGGGAGCAGCCCGCAGCCGCCUACACCUCCCUGGAUGGGCUGUCCAAGAUGGCCGAGCUCCACAAGGGCAAGCACAGCACGGUGCACAACUACCUGGACACCCGCAGCGGGCGUGUGGUGGCGGUUAAGACCUACUACAAGCGCACGAUGGCCAAGCGCCACUUCCGCAACUGCAGACGCGAGGUGGACAUCAACCGCAUGCUGGCGCGGCAGGGGUUUACCGGCACGGUGCAGCUGCUGGGGGCGUUUGAGGACGACAGCCACAUCCACCUUGUGAUGGAGAGCUGUGCAGGCGGCGACCUGUACCGCCGCUUGGUUCGUGCCGGCGGCGUGCUGGGCGAGGCGGAGGUGUGCCACAACGUGGUGGUGCCGCUGCUGCUUACCCUCACCUUCCUCCACGCCAACCACAUUGCCCACAGGGACAUCAAGCCAGAGAACAUCAUGUUUGCGGCAGACGGCAGCCUGCGGCUGGGGGACUUUGGGCUGAGCAUCGAUGCGGCGCGGGAGCGGCCCACCUCGCGGGUCGGCACACUGGACUACAUGGCGCCAGAGGUGGUGGGCAUGCCGUCUCCCGACGACAUGCAGCGGCUGGGGCUGGCGCCUCACAAGAUUGGACACUACGGCUGCAAGGUGGAUGUGUGGGCAGUAGGGGUCCUGGCUUAUGAGCUGCUCUGUGGCCGCCCGCCGUUUGAGGUGGAGGAUGUGAAGCUGACCGAGCAGCACAUCCAGUUCGCAGAGGUGGCCUUCCCGCCCCACAUCUCACCCCUGUGCCGCAGCUUCAUCCAGCAGGCGCUGACCAAGCGGCCCGAGAGCCGCCCCUCGGCGGCGCAGCUGUUCCAGCACCGCUGGGUGCAGCGCCACUACCAGCAGCUGCUGGCGGCACAGGCGCAGGCGCAGCCGGCGGCAGCGACCAUGUCGGCAGCGGCGGCGGCGGCGGCGGUUGCAGCGGCAGCGGGGCUCCUACACACCCCCGAGCUUCGCCGCACCGUCAGCCAGCCGCCGUCGCCGAGCAAGAGCAUGCCGGGAGGCACGGCGGGCGGCGGGGCGGGGAAUGCGGUGCUGACGCCUGCGGCGGCGGCGGCCGUGCUAGCGCCCUUCCUGCCGCUGUCCCAAGCCAAGAUGGCGCACAAGGUGCGGCUGCUGUCCGCCGGCCGGCCGCCCAGCAGCGGCAAGCCAGCGCGGCUUCGUCGGCGGGUGUCCGACCCCCUGGCUCGCGUCUUGCUGCAGCCACCGCCAGCAGGGGCAGGAGCGGCAGAGCUGGCAGUGGCGGCAGCAGCAGCAGCAGGGGUGCCCCCCACCACGCCGCCCCCCGCAGCAGCAGCACCCCCUGCCUGCGCCAGCGAUGGCGCUGGGUCUGUGGCGCCUGCAGCUGACGUGGGGGACGACGCAGCCAGCGGCGCUGCGGCGCCAGACUGCUUUGAGCAGCCAGGCACGCCAGGCCUCAAGACCACCCCGCUUCCCCGGCAGCGGCCUGUGGUGCAGCCGCGCGCCCCGUUGGGCCGCACACCCUUCCUGCUGCCCCUGGUCUCGCCUGGCAGCAGCGGCACGGCCGUCGGCACCUCUGCGCCUGCCGACCUGCAGCCCGUGGCUGCAGGCGUGCGUGGCAAGACGGCUGCUGGACGCAGCCGCUUUGCGGCGGCGGCGGAGAAUGACGAAGGCGCGGCGUCGGCGUCGGCGGCGAUGCGUGCGUCGGCGGAAACGAUGCUGAGCAGCCCCGGGGCGGCGCUUGUGGGCCGCGCCAGCUCCCUCACGUCCCUCUGCUCACGAGACGGUGGCAGCAGCAGCAACCUGCAGGUGCAGGAGCGCGGCGCCAGCUUCACGUCUGCAUUCGGCGGCAGCAGCGGCGGCAACCUGCCGCUCCAGGCCCGCGCCAGCUCCUUCACCAGCUAUGGCGGCGGCGGCAGCAGCGGCAGCCUGCAGCUGGCGGCCCGUGCCAGUUCCCUCACCUCCUUUGGCGGGCGCAGCAGCGGCAACCUGUCCAGUCCCGGCAGCAAGCAGCUGCCAGGCAAGCCGCCGGCGGGGGAAGCGGGCCAGCAAGCGGGCACGGCGGCAGAGCUGCUGCAGCGGUUGCAGCUGUAG